AUGGUCGGAGCUACCAUCGAAAUACCGGCAUUGCUGGGACUCAAUAUCACUUACCCGAGGAUGAACUUGAACAGAACCGCUCGGACUUGCAUCAUCAGAUCUUCCUGGACACCUUCCAUGGAAAGCUCCAUCUUUCGUCUCUCGGGGACCAUGUAUGUACGCAACGUGCUGGAUCUUGGCACGGGUAUUGGUACUUGGGCUAUAGACUUUGCGGACGAACAUCCUGACGCAACAGUGAUUGGGACUGAUUUGAGCCCGAUACAGCCGCCGUUUGUUCCGCCCAACUGCCAUUUCUUCAUUGAUGAUUUCAAUGCGAAUUGGGCCUUCGACGAGAGGUUUGACUUUAUCCAUGCCAGAUCUCUGGUAGGAUGCAGCAAGGACUUCCCGGCACUUAUAAGACAAGCACACGACAAUCUACGGCCAGGAGGAUGGCUCGAGAUGUCUGAUAUCCAGGUCCCAUUUCUUGCCGACGACGAUUCGCUCAUGGGUACUUGUAUCUCAGAAUGGAACAGCAAGCAGCCAGAAGCUUGUUCCAGAGGCUUCGAGAAUGUGGUCGAGCUUCGCCACAAAUGGCCUGUUGGCACCUGGCCACAGGACAAGUGGUACAAAAAGCUUGGUGGCAUGACGAGACUCAACUUCCUCUCUGGUCUGGAAGGCUUCACCUUACGACUAUGGACGACUGUGCUUGGUAUGGAGCCUGCGGAGGUCCUUGUCUUUCUGGCACAUGUCAGGAAGGAUAUUCUGGAUUCGAGCAUACAUUGCUAUUGGCCAGUAUACUGUGUAUAUGGCCAGAAGCCGAUGCAAUAA